AUGGAACAUCUCCAGCCACCACCACAGCCCAUCUCACCCGCACUCGCACUCGACCUGCGCGUCCGCUUCCUCGAGUCGCUCGUCGCCCCCUCGCCGUCCUCGUCGACCCCGCCGCCUCACUCAGCUAGCCCCGUCGCGAGGCGCAUCUCGACCCUCAACACCGCACUCGACCACGCACUCGACGCUCCCGCGAGCACAGACGCCCUGCGCCGCUUUGUUCGCAACUGCACGUCCCCUUACGACCUCAACGCGCCACUCCUUUCCCCAGCCCUCGCCGUCCCCGCCGCACCCGCACCCCUCUCCGCCGACACGGGCGGCCCGGCAUCGCACGCCGCCCAGCUCGCCCUCGUCCUCGAGGCAGAGCACGACCUGCGCACCCUCGAGCGCGAGCUGCGCGAGCUCCAGGUCCUCGACGACAAGGACGUCGCUGGUGCGGGCAAGCUCGGCGACCUCGAACCGCUACGGCCCGCGCUCGCCCAGGUGCAGGACGACGUCAAACCCGUCGCGGCAACCUACGCCGAGCUCGAGACGCGCACGAUGGCGCUCCUGCAGCGGUACAACGACUACAUCUCGACCAUGUCCGAGCUGUUUGUCUCGUGGGACGACAUCCUCACCGAUGCCGAGGCGCAGCUCACCCGGCUCGAGCGCGAGCGGAGGGCGAGGGACGAGUACGACAUUGCGUGAGCAGCUCGCGCGGUGGACGGGCGGAGGGCGUACUUGGAGGUCAGCGUGCGAGAUGGUGGACGCGAUACCCUGCUGGAAUGAUACCUGGUCCUCCUCG